AUGGCUUCUUCUCUCCAUCUCUCCACACCCUCUCUCUCGCGUCCACGGGUAUGCAAAAAUUUCAAAUUGUUCAAUCAGCUGAGCAUUAUAAAUUCAUCUAAGCUACACGUGUGUGGCUCAGAUUUGGCGUUUGUUCGGCUAAGCUCUAAAUUCCCUUCACGGCUCAAUGCUGUAAGUAGACUUAAAGCUGCAUUGACCUCUGGAGGAGGAGACUUAAAAAAUGAAGAUAUGGUUGGUGUUGAAUCGGCACAACCUGAUCCAGUAGCACUUGGAAUACUGGGAGUAGAUACGGCUUUAACAGGCAGUGGUUUUGCUGAUGAUAACGAUGAGUUUGAUUCGGACAGUCCAACGAAAGGUUUUGCUUCCAUUCCUGAGGCCAUAGAAGACAUUCGUAGUGGAAAGAUGGUAGUGGUUGUAGACGAUGAGGAUAGAGAAAAUGAAGGAGACCUAAUAAUGGCAGCACAGUUGGCAACACCUGAGGCUAUGGCUUUUAUUGUGAAGCACGGAACUGGUAUUGUUUGUAUAAGCAUGAAAGAGGAAGAUCUAGAGAGAUUAGAGCUUCCUUUAAUGGUCAACAGUCGGGAUAAUGAUGAGAAACUCCGCACAGCAUUCACUGUGACUGUGGAUGCCAAACAUGGUACCUCCACAGGGGUGUCAGCCCAGGAUAGGGCAACCACAGUUUUGGCCCUUGCAUCCAAAGAUUCAAAACCAAGUGAUUUCAACCGCCCAGGCCAUAUUUUCCCACUAAAAUACAAGGAAGGUGGUAUCUUGAAGAGAGCUGGACAUACAGAAGCUUCAGUUGAUCUGGCAGUACUUGCUGGUUUGGAUCCUGUCGCAGUUCUAUGUGAGGUUGUGGAUGAUGAUGGUUCCAUGGCUAGAUUACCUAAGCUUCGCCAAUUUGCUGAGCGUGAAAAUUUGAAAAUUAUAUCUAUUGCUGACUUGAUAAGGUAUAGAAGAAAGAGAGAUAAAUUAGUGGAACGUGCUGGUGCUGCACUAAUACCCACAAUGUGGGGGCCAUUCACAGCUAACUGUUAUAGGUCACUUUUAGAUGGGAUGGAGCAUAUUGCGAUGGUAAAGGGUGACAUUGGGGAUGGAUGUGAUGUUCUUGUGAGGGUACACUCAGAGUGUCUCACAGGAGACAUAUUUGGAUCUGCCAGAUGUGACUGUGGAAAUCAGCUUGCUCUUGCAAUGCAACAGAUUGAGGCUGCUGGUAGAGGUGUGUUAGUAUAUCUUCGUGGACAUGAAGGAAGGGGUAUUGGAUUAGGCCACAAGCUUCGUGCUUAUAACCUACAGGAUGAGGGCAGGGAUACCGUAGAAGCCAACGAGGAGUUGGGAUUGCCUGUUGACUCAAGAGAGUAUGGAAUUGGUGCACAGAUAUUGAGGGAUUUGGGUGUUCGUUCUAUGAAGCUGAUGACAAACAAUCCAGCAAAAUAUGUUGGGCUCAAAGGUUAUGGCUUGUCAAUUUCCGGUAGGAUCCCGUUGUUAUCACUUAUCACUAAAGAAAACAGGAGAUACUUGGAAACCAAACGUCUGAAAAUGGGGCAUGCGUAUGGCUUGGAAUUUUACAGCAAGUUGAAUCAUAGUGACAAUGGAAAUGGUAAUGCUGGUAGUGUUGAUGAUUCCAAUGCUGCUCCUGGCUCAUAA